AUUCCGGCGGACGCAGAGAAUUCUGGGAGGCCCUUGGCUCCAGUUUCCCGGCCAAGAUGUCUGACAUGGAGGAUGACUUCAUGUGCGAUGAUGAGGAAGAUUAUGACUUGGAGUACUCUGAAGACAGUAAUUCCGAACCUAAUGUUGAUUUGGAAAAUCAGUAUUACAACUCCAAGGCUUUGAAGGAAGAUGACCCAAAAGCAGCACUCAGCAGCUUUCAGAAGGUUUUGGAACUUGAAGGUGAAAAAGGAGAAUGGGGGUUCAAGGCUCUGAAGCAGAUGAUCAAAAUAAACUUCAAAUUGACUAACUUCCCUGAAAUGAUGAACAGAUACAAGCAACUGCUAACAUAUAUUCGGAGUGCAGUUACAAGAAAUUACUCUGAAAAAUCAAUUAACUCUAUUCUUGAUUAUAUUUCUACUUCCAAGCAGAUGGACCUUCUGCAGGAAUUUUAUGAAACAACACUUGAAGCACUUAAAGAUGCAAAGAAUGAUCGGUUGUGGUUUAAAACAAACACAAAGCUUGGCAAAUUGUAUUUGGAACGAGAAGAAUAUGGGAAGUUGCAGAAGAUUUUGCGUCAGCUUCACCAGUCAUGUCAGACGGAUGAUGGAGAAGACGACUUGAAGAAAGGCACACAACUACUGGAAAUUUAUGCUUUAGAAAUUCAGAUGUACACAGCGCAGAAAAACAACAAAAAGCUUAAAGCACUCUAUGAACAGUCAUUGCACAUAAAAUCUGCAAUCCCUCAUCCUCUUAUUAUGGGAGUCAUCAGAGAAUGUGGAGGAAAGAUGCACUUAAGAGAAGGAGAGUUUGAAAAAGCUCAUACUGAUUUUUUUGAAGCAUUUAAAAACUAUGAUGAGUCCGGGAGUCCCAGAAGGACAACGUGCUUGAAAUACUUGGUUCUAGCAAACAUGCUUAUGAAGUCUGGCAUAAAUCCUUUUGACUCACAGGAGGCCAAACCUUACAAAAAUGAUCCAGAGAUCUUAGCAAUGACAAAUUUAGUAAGUGCCUAUCAAAAUAAUGACAUCACAGAGUUUGAGAAGAUUCUGAAAACGAACCAUAGCAACAUCAUGGAUGAUCCCUUUAUAAGGGAGCAUAUUGAAGAACUUUUGAGAAACAUCAGGACACAAGUGCUUAUAAAAUUAAUUAAGCCUUAUACAAGAAUACAUAUUCCUUUUAUUUCUAAGGAACUUAACAUAGACGUAUGUGAUGUUGAGAGUUUGCUGGUGCAGUGCAUACUGGAUAACACUAUUCAUGGACGAAUUGAUCAAGUGAACCAACUUCUGGAACUGGAUCAUCAGAAGAGAGGUGGGGCACGGUAUACUGCAUUAGAUAAAUGGACCAACCAGCUGAAUUCUCUCAACCAAGCUGUAGUCAGCAAGCUUGCUUAACAAAGAACAAGCUUUUACAAUAUAGUUUAAAAAAAGUACUUAAAGCAACAGUGCAGUGAUGUAACCUUAAAAAAAAAAAAGAACUUGGAAUGGCAAAACUACUGUCGGUUGGUGUGCCCUGAAAAGAUAUGGAGUUCUGGCAGAACCGCUUUCUUAGCAGCUAGUUUGUAUUUCGCUGCUGCAUUUAUCCCAAGAAAAAAAACAGCUUUAAACUUGAGAAGAUAACCAAAACAAUGCGGGAUUUAUGCUGUCUUCUUACCCUAAAUACUCAACAUCCCAAUCGAUUUACCACGGCCAUGACCUGAGAGAAGAUUUAUGAUUUUUAAUAAAAAUACACUGACAUGUAACUGUUGGUUAAAUUUAAAAAUUUUACCUGCAGAUACUAUCUCACAAAAAUAACCUGCAAUAACUUGAAAUGCAAAGCCCUUUUGAACACUUCCCUAUUUUUCUCAUGUACAAAUUGAUAUGUUUGCUGCAUUUUUGCAAAACGUCAGUUCCACCCCAGAAAAUGUGUAUGUAUAAAUAUAUAUAUAUUUCUGUACCUGCAGUGUAGUAAACAUUUAGAUGAAAACCUAUAAUUACAGUGGCAUACUGUCACUUAGGUUUCAAGCAGCAAAAUAAACAGUGAGGCUCAGAAAUGUA